AUGCCAAACACCAAAACCGUCCGCGUCCCCCAUCUCGGCGGCAUCGAUGCCGCCUACCAGAUGCCCUAUCCCUACGACCCCAAGAAGCCAACGCUGGUCCUGGUCAACUCGUUCACCACCUCGUCCGAGCUGUACCGCCAGCAGUACGCCAACAAGAAGCUGACGGACACAAUGAACCUGCUGGCCAUCGAGCUGCUGGGCCACGGCCAGACGCGCACCGCCCGCGAGAACUGGACCUACUGGGACACGGCGGAGAUGAACCUGCAGGUGCUGGAUGCGCUGGGCAUCGACAAGGCGUUUGUGCUGGGCACCAGCCAGGGAGGAUGGAUUACGGUGCGGAUGGCGCUGUUGCGGCCGGAGAAGAUCGCAGGCAUCAUCCCCCUAGGCACAUCCCUCGACUACGAGUCCGAACGCACCCGCCAGCUCAACUGCUGGGACGCCCCAGCGCUGCUGACGCCCAACAUCGAGAAGUGGACGAGCAACACGCCGACGCCGGACUUCGUCCCGGACCUCGAGUACUGCGACUUCCUGAUCGACAUCGGCUUCAACAAGGACUGUCCCACCGAGGUGCGCGAGUUCUGGCGCAAGACUAUCCAGGAGAACUACCGCGGGGACGACGGCCGGCGGCGCAUCCGCAUGGCGGCCAUCAAUCUCCGAGACCGCGAUGGCUUGCACGGGCGACUGGCGGAUGUGCGCUGUCCGGUGAUGUGGUUGCAUAUACUGACUGUUGUUGUUGUUGUUGUUGUUGCUGUUGGGCAGGGCACCAAAGACGCCGUCUACUCCGUCGAAAACGCACAGCAAGAGAUCAAAAUGUUCGUCAACUCGCCGGACGCGCAGCUCGUCGUUGUCGAGGGCGGAGCGCAUUUCUUGAGCGCGUCUCAUCCUAAGGAGGUGGAUGAGGCGUUGAUUGCGUUUGUGAGAUAUAUGUACUGUUACUACUGUACUGUAUUACUUGCUGCUCUUAUAAGAUGGCCUCGUGUCAUCAAGUAUUUCCUCCUGGAUUCAAUUUACUUGACCACUGGAGGACAUGUUGCCAACUUGGAUCAAGGCCUCGUUGUUCACUCAGGUCUUUUGACAGCCAAUCACACGGCUGUCCUUCCUCUCUUUCAGCUGAACCUCACUGUCGUGAUCUAUUGCCUGGCUGAUAAGGCUGUCGUAUCUCAGAUUAGUAUUGCAGUCACUUUUCCUUCAGUUUGCGUUUGUUCUCUCUCUCUUUUUUUUCCCUUUUCUUUAGAUAAGACCAGCAUGCCGUCCUUGGAUCUGACUGAUUUCAACAUCAUCUGCUCGACCCUCGGCCUGUUCAUCACUGCUUACGGUUUCAUCUCGUACCUGAUAAAGGAAAGAUUCUAUCUCUCUGAUGCAUUAAUCUCCUUCCUGGCAGGGGUCAUCCUCGGCCCCGCGCUGAGUAUCGUCCGCCCGCUCAGCCUCGCCCAGGGCCAUCCCAGCGACAUCGCCUCGAUUACGUACUACUUCAGCCGUCUGGUGCUCGGCGUCCAGCUGGUCAUCGCUGGCAUCCAGCUGCCCAAGCGCUAUCUCCUCCACGAAUGGCGAGCGCUCGCCGUGCUGCUGCUCCCCGGCUUGACGGCCAUGUGGCUGUGCAGCAGCCUGCUCAUCUGGCUGCUCGUCCCCGGCCUGCCGUUUCUGCAUGCCCUGGCCAUUGGCGCCUGCGUGUCCCCCACCGAUCCCGUCCUGUCGAGCUCCAUCGUCAAAGGCGGCUUUGCGGACAAGAACGUGCCCGUCGCGCUGCAGAGGAUCAUCAUCGCCGAGUCGGGCGCCAACGACGGCCUGGGCUAUCCGUUCCUGUUCCUGCCUUUGUUUUUGAUGAAAUAUGCCGGCUCGAACCCGUCAGGGACCUGGUCUGACGGCGUUCUGCGCGCCCUCGAGCGCUGGCUGGGCGAGACGUGGAUGUACGCCAUCUUCCUGAGCGUCCUCUACGGCGGGCUGGUCGGCUUCGUCGCGAAGGAACUGCUGCGUCAUGCUGAAGCGAGGCAGUACGUCGACAGGGAGAGCUUCACGGUGUUUGCCAUCUCUCUGGCUCUCCUUGUCAUGGGCACCUGCGGCCUGAUCGACAGCGACGACAUCCUGGCGUGUUUCAUCGCAGGCAAUGCCUUCACCUUCGAUGACUGGUUCCGCAUCCGCACGAUGGAAGACACGCUGCAACCGACCAUCGAUCUGGUUCUGAACAUGGCCAUCUUCAUCUGGCUGGGUGCCGUCUGCCCGUGGCGCUCGUUCGUCGACGGGAGCGUCGUCCCCGUGGGAAGACUGUUCCUCCUAGGCAUCCUGGUGCUGCUGCUCCGGCGGCUGCCGGUGAUAUUCGCGCUGCAUCGGAUGAUUCCGCAGAUCGCAGGCAGUCGAGAUGCGCUGUUCAUGGGGUUCUUUGGGCCGAUCGGCAUCAGCGCCAUUUUCUACUGCUAUCUGGGGGUUGAAUUCCUGGGGUCGAUGGCGCAGGACAACCCGGCGGCGGAACAGCUGCAGGAGACGAUGCUCGUGGUAGUGUGGUUUUUGGUGACAACCAGCGUCAACGAGUUUAAUCGGCAUUUGACCGAGAGUGAUGAGUUACCAAUGAGAACACAGCUGUUAGUCAUACGUCAAGAAGCUGCAGAAUCAGACGAAUCCGUCCAAGCAGAAUAUUCAUUAGCCUGCAAGAUUAUUCACGCAGCAAUUCGCGUCUUAUCCUCCUGCCCGAUCGAGUAUCGCAUCGGGGCAACUCCGACGAUCGACAUGGAGAUCUCCACCGCAUUUCCCCGGGGGUUUCUCCGCAUGCUUCGUCUGACGCAGGUUCUUCUCGAUCCUCUACACCUUCUUCUGAGAUCCAUACAUCAAGGGUGGAUCGACAGACAGACAGACAGACAGACAGAGCUGAUCUAUCUCAUGGCCAGCAAAACAGGCGUCAGCUGGCUGCGCGGCACCGCACUCGUCGGCGCCAUCACCACCGUCUGCUCGUCCGCCUUCCUGCUGUUCGGCUACGACCAGGGCGUCAUGUCCGGCGUCGUCAUCUCCGAGUACUGGCUGCGGCAGAUGGGCAACCCCAGUACGAUCAUGGUCAGCACCAUCACCGCCCUGUACGACGUCGGCGCCGUCUUUGGAGCCAUCUUCUCUGCGCUGUCGGCCGAGCGGCUGGGCCGGAAGAGGACGCUGCUGCUGGGGUCGCUUCUGGUCAUCAUCGGCGCGGUGCUGAUGGGCUCGUGCUACGAGAGGGUGCAGAUGAUGGUGGGGAGGAUCUUGACUGGAAUUGGCAUUGGAUACCUCACUUCAGUUGCCCCUGUCUACCAAAGCGAGGUGUGUCUCCCCUCGCAGCGCGGCUGGCACGUCUGCUGCCAGGUGACGAUGAUGCUGUUCGGCCUGAUGCUGGCCUACUGGAUGAACUACGGCUUCUACUUCCAUCCCGGCACGGUGCAAUGGCGCUUCCCGCUGCUCUUCCAGAUGGUCUUUGCCGUCUACAUCAUCGCCGUCACGAUCUUCCUGCCCGACACGCCGCGCUGGCUGAUGUGGCACGAAUCGUCCCCGGACCGGGGCGUCCUGGUCCUCUCGCGCCUGCGCAACAGACCCGUCGACGAUCCGGUCGUCCAGACGGAGAAGGAGGACAUUCUCACGGCCAUCCGCAUCGAGUCGCAGGAAGAGGGGACCUGGAUGGAUCUGUUUCGCGAUGGAGGGACGGCAGCCAACAAGCGGUUCUAUCUGGCGUUGGGCAUACAAUUUAUGCAGCAGAUGACGGGCAUCAACAUCGUCACCUACUACGCCCCGACGCUCUUCCAGGAAAGCCUGGGCAUGUCGCAGGAACGGGCCCUCUUCGUGGGCGGCUUUCUGCAAGUGUGGUACAUUCUGGCGUCUUUCCUGACGUGGUACAUGAUCGACGCAAUCGGCCGCCGGCGACUGUUCAUCACCAUGGCGCUCGGCAUGUGUGCCGUUCUCGUGAGCGAGGCCAUCUGCGUGGCGAUCGACAACCGGGCGAGCAGCAUUGCGGCGGUGUUUUUCGUCUUUGCGUUUGAGGCGUGCUUUACGUGGGGCUGGAUGGCUUGCGUCUGGGUCUUUCCCCCAGAGAUUCUCCCGCUCAAGAUCCGCGCCAAAGGCGCCGCGCUGGCCGCCGGCGCCGACUUCCUGGGCAACUUCCUCGUCGUGGAGAUCACGCCGCCGGCGCUGCAGAACAUCGGCUACCGCACGUACAUUAUCUUCGCCGUGUUCAACCUCGUCUGCGCCGUCAUCGUCUGGCUGUUCUACCCGGAGACGAUGGGCUUGACGCUGGAGUCGGUCGACCAUCUCUUCAUUCGCGACGAAUCGGAGGGGGAGGACGAGCCAAAGCGGUUUUAUCAGCGUCUGCAGUGGUGGGUUGUUCCCAAGUCGUGGGAUGCCGUCCGCCGGAGCAGGGCGGAGCGUGCUGCUGCUGGGUACAAGGAUGGGAGUGUUGUCGAGGGUGCAGCUGAAGCUCGUACUGCUGUUGCAGAGAAUGGAAAGCCUGCGACGGAGAUUCAGGCUGAGCAUGUUGGAUAG